AUGUCCAGGCGCAAGUGGAGCAGACCUUACCUCGGCUCCAGCCCCAACCUCACCAGCCAGCAGCUCGUCUGCCUGAGGCCAGAGCACUUUGUCGACAUCACAAGCGAUAUUGUCCCUCCUGAGAACAUUUUUUUCUUCUUAAAGCGUAACCUGACACUAACUGCACAGGCUGGCCAGAGGAAGUCUUCCACCAACAAGAACAUCAAGAAGCUGUGCACCAUCUGCAUGGUGUCCAGCCUGACGUAGAGCUGGCAACACUGGGUGUCCGAGGUCAAGGACAAGCAGGCCAAGGAGCCUUUCGCCUGGGCUCCUGACGCCCUAAGAGAGCUUUGGGACGAACCACCAAAGACGCCAAGCACCACUAAAUUAGGAACUUGGGAGAAGGUUUGUCCCGGUCAGGAUCUCACCACUGGCACCAACAUACCUGCUGAUCAGAACAAUCCUUCAGCUGACCAGCAGGAGUCCCAGGCAGUUCUCCUCCUUCCCAAUUGGUGGGUAAAAAGGAAGACUCUGCUAGUGCUUCAAGGGGAGUCCCGGAUCAAGACCAAGCAGGUGGUGAAGACUGUGACCAGCGGCAUUCAGUUGAGGAGUGUGGGCAAUACAUUUCUGACCGAGCGGAUCUGUAAGGAGGCUCCACCACCAGGGGAGGAGAUAGACAGGAUGCUGAGCAAGAGGGGGUCGCCCACGCUCCGCAGAAAGUGCUCCAAUGUGUUGGAGCUGACCUGCAGCUGGAAGGAGAAGGAGCGGAAUGUACCGUCAGAGGGAGAAUUUGGAGAUGGGCGCACCUGUAGCGUGGACACAGAGGAUAGUCGGUACUCUGAGGCAGAGGAAAGGGCCCUUGAGGCAGAGAGCGGCCAAGGUAAACCUGGACAGAUAGACAGCUCUAAACCUGGACAGACAAACAGCACUGAAGCUGGACAGACAAACAGAACUGAAGCUGGACAGACAGACAGCUCUAAACCUGGACAGACAAACAGCACUGAAGCUGGACAGAUAGACAGCUCUAAACCUGGACAGACAAACAGCACUGAAGCUGGACAGACAGACAGCUCUAAACCUGGACAGACAAACAGAACUGAAGCUGGACAGACAGACAGCUCUAAACCUGGACAGAAAAACAGCACUGAAGCUGGACAGACAGACAGCUCUAAACCUGGACAGACAGACAGCUCUAAGCCUGGACAGACAGACAGCUCUAAACCUGGACAGACAGACAGCUCUAAACCUGGACAGACAGACACCUCUAAACCUGUAAAGACAGAUAGCACUGGGUCAUCCGGGGAGGCCAAGCAGAGGGACAAUGACAGCGUCUCACCGAAAGGGAAAAUUGAGUCAUGGGUGAGGGUCAAAAUACCCUCCAUCUCAGUGGGCAGAAAGGAGUUGGGUGACGCCAACAGGAUCAACGCUCUCUCAAGGAAGUACAGUGCCGUGGGCGAUCUGAAGAGCCGCUGGCAGAACUGGUCCUCGACGCACACCGUCAACCAGAAGCUCAACCCCUUCAGUGAGGACUUUGACUAUGAAUACUCCAUGUCCCUACGCCUCCGCAAGGGCGAGGAGGGUUACGGACGUCCCAAAGAAGGCACGAAAACAGCCGAACGGGCCAGGCGAGCCGAGCAACACAUCCACGGUGAGAUAGCCGACAUGUGCUAUGUGAUCAGGACUAUGAAUGACCCAGAUCCCGACGGGAAGACCCGCGUCACUUUCAGAGAACUGUUUGAUAGAUACGUACGCAUCUCUGACAAGGUGGUGGGGAUUCUUCUGAGAGCCAGGAGGCAUGGGAAGGUGGCAUUCAAGGGGGAGAUGCUGUGGCAAGGGCAGGAUGACGGUGUUAUCAUCACCCUGUUGGUGUGACGUCAUCUGCGGUGGAACCAUACAGAACUAAGGAGACAUAAGUCCUUUUUAACAUUGAAUGAUUAUGCGCUGAUAGAUGUGGAUAUGUUUCUCAAUAGGAACUUAGACAAUUUGCUGCUAUGGUUUACUGAAGAUGUGAUAUCAGUAUCUGACUCAAUAUUAUAUGUUAUUUUGUUGCUUACAGCUUUAACUAGCUUUUAAAGAACAGUUUCCAUGUCUUUAUGUUAUAUCUGAACUCAUGAAUCAUGUUAGAACAUGUAUUAAUAUAUGCCUAAUAAAUAGCUUCUUUGACUUCAGGAACAUUGUGUAGUUUAAACAGGGAUUGAGUUUCAUGAUGCACAGCACAAGCCAACUCUGAUGAGAUUUAGGAGACAUGAAAUCUGAGACACACCAUGCAGGGGAGGCUGGUGGGAGGAGCUAUAGGAGGACUUGUCAUUGUAAUGGCUGGAAUGGAAUCAAUGGAAUGGUAACAAACACAUGGAAACUACGUGUUGGACUCCAUUCCAUUUAUUCCAUUACAGUAUUUACAAUUAGCCUGUACUCCUAUAGCUCCUUCCAUCAGCCCCCUCUGAUGCCAUGUAUUGUGUGCCUGACAGAGCUGAACUCAGAUGUGGGCACAUUGGCUGCGUUUAGACAGGCAGCCCAAUUGUGAUGUUAUUUUCACUAAUCAGAUCAGCUCUGAAAAAGAUCUGAUGUGAAAAGAUCUCAUGUGAUUGGUCAAAAGACCAAUUAGUGGAACAAAUAUCAGAAUUGGGUUGCCUGUGUGAAUGCAGCCCUUGUGAACAUGUUUGACCUCCAUGUCUGAUACCUAAUCGGAUCCCUAAGUCUAAAAUACACUUGAUAUUGUAUUAAUCAACAAAACGUGGUGUCAGUUUACGGUGUCUCAUAUGGAUUGUCCACUUUUAUUUGAAUAACCAUACUUUCUAUUUGUCAAUCUAUUAAUUUGAAUGUAAUUGUUAUGAAGGGAGUUACAUCCUGGGACUUUGUCGAUGAGUAAACUCUUAAUAACCGUAGCCCAAACCUAAAAACAAGUAGAGUUCACCUAACAUUACAUAAUUUCCUCGCAAAUGACACAAGACAUAAUCUGUGAACUUCUUACUAACAACACACUUUUACUAGCUUUUAAAGAACAGUUUUCUAUUAUCACGUUGGACAACAUUCUUCCUGAUCGAGACAUCAAACAAUUUGCUCACAUGUUGUAUUUUUGGGUGUAGAAAUAGAAUAGUAGAAAUAAAGAAAAACCCUUGAAAGAGUAGGUGUUCUUUUGACCGGUAAAGUAUGUAUUUUCAAGAGGACCAGAAUUGAAAUAACUAACUUUUUUGUGUCAUCCUUGAUUAUUUGAAUGUCAUUGUACUUAAUCCACAUGUGUGGUUAUAUUGUGUUUAAAAUGGUAAAAUAAAUAAAAUAAAUAUUACAG